AUGGCGUACUGCACUGUAUCGGCGUACACAUCGUAUCGUGACCCACGUAUCAAGAACUUACCUGAAGUUGUUUCUGACAAUGUUGGAGGUAAGAUCUUUCCUUUUGGCUCUUUUCACCUGGGAGCUCACUCCAAAGGUGCUGAUAUUGAUGACAGUUUCUUUUGUCCUCAGGCUGUGGAAGAGGCGUCUGUCCCUGUUAUCAAGCUGUGCUAUGACGGGACUGAGAUAAUUUUUUUUGCCCGGCUGCUGCAGAGGUCCGUUCCAGAAAAUCUCAAGGUUUGCAACAAUGAGCUCUUGAAGAACCUGGAUAUAUUCUGUGUCAGGAGUCUCAGUGGUAAGCAUCAGAUUAAAAGUGACCGAGUGACAGAGGAGAUCCUCAGCCUUGUGCCUAAUGUGUAUAACUUCAGGCUGGCUUUGAGAACCAUCAAGCUGUGGGCCAAACGUCGUAACAUUUACUCUAACAAGCUGGGAUUCCUGGGCGGUGUAUCAUGGGCCAUACUGGUCGCCAGGAUUUGUCAAUUAUUUCCAAAUGCCAUCGCUUCCACCCUGGUGAUCAAAUUUUUCAAGAUCUGCUCAAUGUGGGUGUGGUCCGUCCCAGUUUGCUUGAGGGAGGUAAAGGACUGCCUCUACAACCUUCCUUUCUGGGACCCCAGGGUGAAUCCAAGCAACCGCUGCCACAUAAUGCCCAUCAUUACCCCGGCAUACCCACAGCAGAACACGUCCUACAACGUGUCUCCCUCCACCUUCACAAUCAUAACAGAGGAGAUCAAACGGGGUAUGACGAGCCUGGUGGAGUCUAAAAUCAGACUCCUGGUGGGAAUUCUGGAGAGGAAUGUGAACAUUUCCCUGGCUCACAUUAAUCUACAGCUGUUCCCUGGACCCAGGAAGAACAACAUAGAGGGAGUGAGCACAUCUUGGCUUAUUGGACUCAUCUUAAAUACAGACGGGUCCAAAAACCAGAAGAUAGACCUGACCUCUGACCUCCUCUCUUUCACUGAUGUCACAGAUGCCAUCUACACCCAGGCAAAGACCAGUGAAGUGUAUGAAGAGGGAACGACAAUAUCGGCCAAAUACAUGCAGAGGGAGAACCUUUGCUGGCAGAUGCCUGAUGGCUCACAGAAAAAUGUUUUCAGCCCAAAAGCACAGCCUGCAGAAUCGAAUGUGUCCACAGCCACUCCCUCCUCCAUGACUCCACAGGCCACAAAGAGACCUCGUUCUGUGAGUUCAGAAGCAUCAACAUCCAAGAGGAUCAAACUUGACACUGAACCACAACAGGAGACAAAACAAACCGGCCAUGACGAGUCAGGUGUCUCGCUUGGUAAGAGUCCUUCUCCAAGCAAAAAGAGACCUGGCACUCCUGAGCUUGAGACGCCGACAAAGAAACCCAGAUAUGACCUGAAUCAGCCCACUGUUGAGCUGAGUGAGCAGCUUCCCGGCCCCACCAAACCUGUCAGUGUGAAGAAAGGCUCCAUGAAACUACACCUUGUCAGGUACGCUGAACCAUCAGCACAGAGAGAACUAUCAUAUGGGACAGACGCUGCGACUCUGGUCUCCUCUUCCAAGAAGAAGAUGACAUGUUUCUUGCAGCAUGCCUAG